AUGUUAGGAAGACUACUCCAAGUCGGUGUUGAUGUCACGCUAGUCGCUGCUGUUGCUGCCGGUUCUCAGCGUGCUGCUGGAAUAGAACUCGACCAGAAAAAGAUUGAAAAUGACACUGCUAGAAUGAUCUUGACUUCAUAUCUACGCUAUGGUGACUGGGUGAUUGACUCUGCCGCAUCUCAGCUCAAGCAAUAUCCUGAGUGGUUUUCCAAGAAGCUUUAA